GUUGAGGGCGCAUCUACAUUGAGCACAGCGGUAGUGGGAGGGCCAGUCUGUCAUCAUUACGGGAAGAAACAUUCAUUUUUCAGCCAAACUCUAUCGCAGUAUGUUGAAUAUCCACACAUCGAUACAGCUGACGCUCUGCGCUUGUUUGCAUGACGGCUUUUAGGAAGGGAGUGUGAAAUAAGUCGCAGUCAGCCGGUAUUCACAGCACACAGCAAUGAGCACUAGGACAGGUGGUAAAAUUCUGAAAUGACUGACUACCUUAAAAGUGCAGCACUAUUGCGGUCUAGGCCCUUACACACUAAAGACUAGCGCCGACAGUCAUGAGAACUGAAGUUGUUAUUCUGCAGCAGCCGAUGUCUGUGUGUGUACCACCAAACCAUGAGGUGACCUUAAGAGUUCAAGCAAUAGGCACUGGUGCAUUAAAGUAUCAGUGGUUUGAUAAACAACAGGCAGAGGUGGCAGGUGGGACAGAGCCUGAGCUCACCGUCUCUCUCCAGAGAUCUGGAAAAUAUACUUGUAGAGUGAGUGACCUGUACUGUAACUAUCAGUUCACAGAAUGGGUAAAAGUGAGAAUCCUAGAUGAAGCAGGUGUUUCUCACACAUGGAGAGGGGAACCCCAUAUUGUCAUUCACCCAAUAAGCCAAACAGUAAAACCAGGGGAGACAUUCACUCUUAAAUGCACAGUAGCUACAAAAACUGCCAAAGCAUGUGACCUCAUUCUCUGGCUGCUGUGCUCAGAUCUGGGUAAGGACCCACUGGUGCGUGGCAGGCAGGUAGUAGAGAUCAGACACACUCUGACAGAGCCACGGGCCUUGACCGAUCCGGUGCGAACAUCUGGACACACCAUGGAGCUCCACCGGCGGGAUGCUUGUUGGAAACAGGCUAAUGUUCUUCCUUGCCGAAGGUCUCUGGACUUUCAGUACUGUGGUGUUAAGGUGGAGCUGAGUUUCUCUGCCCUGUUCUCCAAUGUCCUGGUUGUGUUUGCUACAGUGAGGAACUCAAGCGCUAUGGCCCAGGACUGCACUCUGAUUCUUGAGAGUGAACCACAAAUGCAGGACAUUUUCUCAGGUUCUGGUCGAUCAGAAGAAAUGGACAGUCUGCUUGUGAACAGUGGUGAAACUCCUGACUGCACCCUCAGAUUAUGUUGCCUUCAAAGACUUCAGGGAUCUCUGGUGAUCAAAGUGACACUGCACUACACCCACACACAAACUAAAGAACGUCUCACUGAGAGCAAAGAGCUGGACAUAGGCAGGCCUCUCAUUGCCUCCUGCAAGCUGAAUCAGAUGAGGCCAGUGGACAGGAGACAAGAGAGCCGUGUCCAUACUGUGGACCACAUGUCCAACAUAAGAUAUCCUCAUCAUCAGAACCAUCCUCGACCUGGUCAGCCCUACACACGCAAGGCUGAGAACCGAUUACAGAGUUCAGCCAAAUCCACCUCCACGAGCAGCAAUGAACCAGAGGAGAAUGAUGAAAAUGACUAAUGAAUUCACUAUGUGAUGUUGCGUCCCUCUACACACACACAGUAAGGCAUUGUUUUGAUGCAACAAAGGAUUUUUCUUACAUGAAUUAUUUACUUUUUGCUUACUAAUUACCAGUUGCGAUACAGUAAAUGUGUAUGUGUGAGAGAGAGAGAGAGAGAGAGCAACAAAAGGAAGAUGUUCUCAUGCAAAUGUAGAAAUAUUUAUACAAAUUAUUUGUAAAUCAAAUUAAGUGUAAUUUUCUUAUAUAACUAAU